UACAAUGAAAGCCAAGACUGGGGUCAUCCUAGUCAUGCUUGCUGCUUUCGUUUAUGUUGCAGCACAGGAUGCUGAAGCCGAGCAAAAUGUUGUGGAAGAGUUAUUGGUGGAAACCUUGGUGAAACCCGAAACUUGCUCUAUAAUGUCAGAAAUGGGAGACACGCUACAAAUCCACUAUACGGGUAAACUGCUGGCAGAUGGCAAGGUGAUUGACUCAUCACUGUCCCGGGACCCCCUUGUUGUUGUGCUGGGAAAGAGGACCGUUAUCCCUGGUCUGGAACAGAGCUUGGUAGGAGUUUGUGAAGGACAAAAAAUCAAGACCACUAUUCCACCACACCUUGCCUAUGGAAAGCGAGGAUACCCUCCCACCAUCCCAGCUGAUGCUGCCCUAGAGUUUGAAGUGGAGGUGAUGUCACUGAUCCAGGUAACCCCAUGGCAGAAGAUGGUGAACGAUGUCUUCCCUCUAGUGUGUCUGGGCCUGGUUCCCACUCUGCUGGGCAUGGUGGGCCUCUACCUCUAUAACAAGGCCAAUGCCCAGCGGCCAGGCAAGAAGGCCAAGAAGAGAAAGAAUAAAUAAAGGAAACUCACAGAACUAUUUAAAUAAUAAAAUGUAAAAACAACAAGGGAACGUUGUUAUUAUCGGA